UAAAGUAAAAAAUAAGAAAAAGAAAAAAUAUAAGGGAACGAUGAAACGCAAAACAAGUAUUUUGUCGUUGGUCGUUUAGUCAGCGCAAUUAUGCUUGAUACUUAACAUUUUAAUAUAUAUUAAGCGCAAUUGACAAUUAUAAAUAAUUAUUUUAUUUGGUAUUGCUACAUAUAUAUAAAUAUUAUUACUAAGUAUAAUUAUUAAUAAUAAAUUAUUUAUUUGUGCGGAUAUUAAGUGUUAUUUUUAAAGUGUGUGCUGUACGUGUGGAAUAUGGUUGAAAAUGUGUAGCAAUAUCUCCAAGUACCUUACGACCAAUCGAGUGUCUCUUGUUAAAGAAGUUUUAAUUAUUUUUUAAAUAAAUUUAUCAAUCAUUGACGUCUUCGUGUGCCAGUUUACCUGAUUACCAUCAUUAUAUUAUCCAAGUAUCAAGUCAUCUUGAUAAUUAACUCGUGUCUGAAAGGUCACGAGCUACGAGGAAAAAUAAAAUAUUGAAAGAAAAAAAAAACGAUAAGAGGAAGAGGAAGUGAGUGAAAAAAAGUUGAUAGUAAUAUUAAAUGUUGAAUGCAGUAUUAAACAUAUUAAUAAUAUUUAUUUAUAUUUACAAUGAUACUAAUAUUUAGUACAUGUAAUAGCAGAUAUUUGCAAUGCAAACGCUAACACCUUAAUCGAAAUGAUUAGAUGGGCAGCUAAAAAUAGUACACUCGUGGAAGCAACUUGGAUCGUAUGAUAAAAAAAAUAAUAAAUAAUAAUAAUAAUACGAGUUAAUAAUAACAUUGAAAGUAAUCUAUGCAGGAUAAAUCAUUUUUUUAUUUAUAAAUUUAUCGAGUAAGAUAAAAAUAAGUGAACUUGGUAAUUAAAUGUUUUAGACAAGUGAACUACUGGGAUUAUUAUUUAAUAGUUGGAUGUUAUCAUGCGGAUACUUGAAGCCUACGCCCUGUUAGAUUUAUUUGAAAAUUAUUCAGUUAAUAAAAUAAAAUUAAUGAUUGACCGCUAACCCUAAUUUUUAUUAUUGAAGACGGUGAUUGUCAUAAAUAGUAAGAGGUUUUUUUUGGACUUAUCAAGAGUGAACGGUUUAAUUAUUCAAAAGUAGAUCCCAUUGUGAUCAAGUGUGGCUAUGGUUGUGGCAAGCAGUGGGUGGAUACAAAAUGCCAAUUUUCCUUCAAACCAAAGUGAUAGUAACUUAAAUUCCGAUACUGCGGUGGAUAGUAACAAUAAAAUGACUGCCAAAGGUAUACUUAUAUGCAGGGAUAAUUCCCACGCGUUUCAAGACAGGACACUUAAUCUAGAUCAGCCGGUUAAAAUUGGUAGAUCUGUUGCUAGAACACGUGCUGCUAAUGAUAAUGCGAUAUUCGAUUGCAAAGUACUGUCACGUAAUCAUGCAUUACUGUGGUACAAUGCGGGUAAAUUUUUUCUUCAGGAUACGAGAAGUAGCAAUGGUACUUUCGUUAAUAAUCAGCGGCUCAGUGCGACAGGCUCUGAAUCCGCUGCUAAAGAAGUCUGCUCUGGUGACAUCGUGCAAUUUGGCGUUGACGUGGUAGAGAGCACGAAAAAAGUAACACACGGUUGCAUUAUAGCGACUUUGAAGUUGUAUCUGCCGGACGGUAAGGAGGCCAAAGCUAGCAGAAGUAUGUAUAUGACAAGCGCUGCUGGAGAUGUUACACUUGAGGACCUUUAUAAGCUUAAUCAAUACGUCCAAGAGGCCAGCAGACGUGAAAAAGUACUGCAAUCAAAGUUGGCUUAUCUUGAGAAGCUUGUGGACAAUACCAAGAAGGCCGCAAGUCAGUCUUGGAAGGCGUUGAUUGAUGAAGAUCGUUUGCUUUCGCGAAUAAAAACUGUCGAGAGUCAAUUGAUUGUUUAUACGAAAAAUUACAGCGAGGAUAAAGUAAGAAAUGAAAUACUUAAAUUGGAGGAAGAGAAGUCCCAGUAUCAGAUCGCGGCAAAAGAGGCACUGGAGAAGGUACAUCAGGAAAAACUUCAAGUUACUGAAAAAUUAAUAAAUCUUGAGAGCCGUUUGAAUGAAACUGAAGAAGAAUGUCAGAGUUUGCAUGAAAUUGCUAAACACGCUCAACUGGAAUUACAAGAGCUGGCUGCCAAGUACUCAAAUGCACAGAAAAAUUUAGCACAAGUUGAAGCUACAUUAGCAGAUAAAGAACAAGCGUCAUCGGAAAUGGUAGAGUGGGCUAUGCAGCAAAAAGAAGAUUUAACGCGGAAGGUAAACCAUCAUUCGGAAAUCGGUCAAGUGCUUCAUCAUAAGCUUGAUAUGAAUCGUCUUGACUCGAUGAAAAUUCACAAAAAAAUAACUGGCCUUAAAAAUUACAUGCAAACAUUGAAAGACAUCAAUGCUAAACUAUUGUCUGAAGAGUCAAAGGAUGGUGUCAAUCCAAUUGAAAUAAUAAAUGCCAUUCUUGAGACACUAAAUGGCAUGAUAGCUGAGACUGAAACAAUCGACAUUUCACCAGACAAACUGAAAAGUUUUACCGAACGUGAGUCUUUCAUGUCGAGAAAUAUGGAAGAUGAGUACGCUAAAUAUAUUGUGCCACCGUCAUCCCGCACAACGAUAAACGGCAAAAAUGAUGACAAUCACACGGAAAAGUCCGAAAUGUCUGAACAAGAUGAUGAUGGUACUGAAGUUAAUUAUGACAGUUCAAGUACAACAAGUGAAGAUACUCAUAGUCUUGUUGGUAGCGAAGAAUCAAAUGAAGAAAAAUCAGUUGUUGAAAUGAAACUAGUAAAUGAUACUAGUCUGACUGGCGAGCGAUCGGAAGUCACUAAUAAAUUAGAAGUUAAAUUCGCAGAUGACAACGGUAAAGAACUAGUUGAGAGCUAUCAUCAUCAUUAUCAUAAUCAUCAUUCAAAUGAUAAUAGCGCCGAGAAUGAUUGGUCAGACUCUCUGUCUGCAAAUGAUUCUGCGGAGUCUAUUCCUGCUACGUCACCGUCCACACUAAUGAAUUCUACCAUCGGUGCUGAGGAUGAUUUUAAUUCAGACAAUGAAAAAUUACCAUCGAAUGACGACAAGGAAGAGGUGAUUGAAGAAAAAGAAAAGGAAGAAACAGAUGGUGAUUAUAUAAAAACACUUAAACCAGUUGUAAAAACAACUUGCGAUUGUUCAUCUCAGCCUUUACACACUCGGGAGUAUAUUCUUGAUUUGUUCAUGUCUUCAUUGGAUUCGCUCGACAAUGACGAUGACGCAGAAGCUCAACAAACGGUUAAAAAAGAAUUAGAUCAAGUACGCAGUUGGUUUGUCAAUGAAUCAAGCGAUUUGCUUAUUGAUAAACUAAAGGAAUUUUAUUACAGAGCUAAAAAUGAAAAAUCACGCACCCAAGAAAUAAAUGAACAAUUAGUUAUACUUAAGGAGAAAUUUAAUACGUGUAAUGAAGAUAAAAAUGAUAUAGCCAAGCAAUACGCGACAUUAAAAAACCAGUGCGGUGAUUACAUCAACACAAGUUACAGUGUUCCCAUACAAUAUAUUGCGCCAAUACUAAUCGCCUUGUUGUGGCUGCUGAUGGAAAAAAUGUUCUAAUUAACACGAUUAUUAAUUAAUAUUAAAACAUAAAUGUAUAUAGUAAAUUUACCACGUGAUUAAAUAAUAUUAUUAAUAAUAAUAAUAACAAUAAAAUUAAAAAUAAUAAUAAUAAUGUUUAUCGUAUUCUUUCAUCGAUUGUUGUAAAUAUUCGUAUGAAAUAAUAAUAAUAAUUCUAACACCGCGAAUUUUUCAAAUA